AUGGGAUCUGCUGGCGUUUCUCUCGACGGUGACCUCCUCGCCGGCGAUUCGCCUCAUCUCGAGCUUGUCCUGGCCACGCCAGAAGAGCACCUGGAGACCAUCCGCAUGAAUAGCAGGGCCUGGAAGGGACUGCUCGAUCUAGACCAGUACAUCGAACGUGAGCACCGGCUGUCGCAGCAGAACUUGACCAAGAACGGCGCGCUUACUUGCUGGAUCCUCGUCGAUGGGAGGCUGCCACCCAACUCGCGAACCAUUCUCAGCUCCUGCGAAACCUACCUAAAACCCGCAUAUCUCGCUUACAAGGGAAAUGUCGAAGAGAUCAUCUGUCAUGGAAUUGGGAGUGUCUUUGCCCGGCCAGAAUUUAGAGGCCGUGGCUAUGCUGGCCGCAUGAUGGAGGAGCUGAGCAAGAAACUCGAUACUUGGCAGUCAGAAAACCAGCCCCGGAAGCAAGGAGUUUUCUCCGUGCUGUUUUCUGACAUUGGCAAGAAGUUUUAUACAAGGUAUGGCUGGAAACCAUACCUGUCCUCGCACAUGACCCUGCCGCCAAUCAACGAGGACCAUCUAAAGGUAUCCGUUGCCUUGGCUAAACUUCCUGUAGCCAGACCCAUGAGCGCGGAGGACGUCCGUCAGUCCAUGUGCAGCGAAAUUGUUGAGCACAAACAACGCAAUCUGCUCCAGGUUGCUUCUCAGAAGUCGCCAGGAGCAAAAGUAGCAAUUUCGCCGGAUUAUGAUCAUAUGCUUUGGCACUGGGCUCGUGAAAACUACUACGUAGAAAUGGGAGUCUUCGAUGAUAAGAAGCCAUCGGUUCGAGGUGCAGCUGUAGACUCCCAGAACGUCUUCUGCACGUGGGUUCGCACUGUUGGUGACACUAAAUCAAGCCACACACUGCACAUUCUGCGAUUUAGCUAUGAUGAGCCAGCGUCGCCAUCAAUCGAGUUGUCCACCAUCGAGGCUAUUGCUGCCGUUCUUCGUCGGGCGCAAUUCGAAGCACAUGCACUCAACGUGCAAAAGGUGGAAUUCUGGAACCCGACGUCACUAGUAGUCAAAGCGGCGAAACUGCUUGAUCCAGAUGCUCAAGUUUUCCAUCGCGACGAGAGCAGCAUAUGCAGUUUGAAGUGGAACGGAGCUAAGCAAGGGCUAGGUGAUGAUGUGGAAUGGUUCUGGAAUGAAAAAUACAGCUGGUGCUGA